AGGCAAGUCAAAGUGAAAUAGAUUGGAAGAUAAGACUAGAAUAAUAAAUACUUGCAAUGACACUAUAAAAGACAAAUGCCCGGUGAAAACGUCGCAGUUCCCUAGGGCCGGCACUACGGAUCUAAUCAUGUCCCAGGAAAGCAACAAUUCUACACCUACUUGGCUCACUCGGCCUUACGUUGAGGAAAAACUACGUUCAUAUUUUAAAAAUGACUCUCUUAAGCUGGAGAAACUGGACAUUAAGCCCGCACUUGGGAACGGGGAGAACUAUAGCAGUGUGAUAAACCGCAUCAAUGUGGAAUACACCACGAAGAACACAAUGUCCAAGGAAUCCACUAGGUUUCUGGCUAAGACCAUUUUCCCCGACAGAGAUCCGGCGGCGGAGGUGCUAAUGGACUAUGGGGUCUACACCCGGGAAAUGGACAUGUAUGAUCUGAUACUGCCCAAACUGGCGGAUCUGGUGCGGAAUGAGCUUGGCGACAGUCGGAAACUGUUUGCGGGCACCGUGAAAGUCGAUCGCGGCCGGAACUCCAUCAUCUUUGAGGACUUAUCCCUGGAGAAGUAUAGAGUCGCCGAUCGGCUCAAAAAAUUGGAUCUGGAGCACGCCCAACUGGUCCUGGAGAAAUUAGCCAAUUUCCAUGCAGCCGGAGCUGCCUUAGCCGAAAGGCAGCCGGGGAUCUUUGCGAAGAACUUCGAUGUUGGGUUUUUUAACCAACACACCCGGGGCUACGAGCCCAUUUUGAAGAAUCUUCUAAAGGCCCUGUCGCGCUCCCUGAAUCUGGAGCCCGAGCUCCGCCAGCGUUUUCAGGCGAAAAUCAAUCGUCUGGUGGAUAAUAUAAUGGACUAUGGCGAGCGAUCGACUUCCAUUGUUCCCGGCGACUUUUUGACCUUGGCGCAUGGGGAUCUCUGGACCACCAACAUUAUGUUCCAGUACGAUGGUGAAGGACAUCCAAUCAAUGCCAUCUUUAUCGAUUUUCAGUUCAGCGUGUGGAACUCUCCGGCAAUUGAUCUGCACUAUUUCCUUUCAACCGCGUUGCAGUCCCACAUCCGUUUGAAAGAUCAGCCUAAGCUUGUCCAGUUUUACUACUACAAACUGAAGGAUGCGCUAAAAGCAGUAAAAUAUUCGGGAAAAGUUCCCAGCUUAUUCGACUUUCAGCAGCAGUUCCGUAAAAGGUCCUUCUAUGCCACCUUUGCAUCACUGUGUUUCGAGCCUGUGAUGGCUUACGAUGGCAAGGAGGAGGCAUCCAUGGAACAGAUUAUGACGACUUCCGAAAAAGGAUUGCGUUUCCAGGAUGACAUUUAUCAAAGGGAGGAAAUCAGAAAAGAAAUGCAUUUUACCCUGCCAUUUCUGGAUCACUUGGGAUUACUAGACAUUAUGUAAAAUUAUAUUAAUAUUUUGAAUAAAAUCCAUUAAAAGUAUGGUCCAUUAUGUUGAAAAGGUCUAAUUGUGAAUAAAUGAAUAUAUUUAAAAUA